AUGGUGACUGGCAGAGAGCAAGUACGAGUUGGUACCAGUAAAAGCAACAAAAUCAGGGCUUUCGAGCUGGAUCAUCUUCUCGAGAAACCGAGUCGUGUUCAAAUCGGAACAGAUUUUGAAACUUCCGUCGGCGCGAAAGCGCAGUGGAGUGUGCGCCAUUUUCUUGAUUCUAGCAUCUUGAUGAUGAUUAAUGGCGAGUUUUGGGGAGACGAAGAGAGUGUGAAGAAAGUGUACGGAGAUGGAAACCAGAAUAAGGACAACCUACCUCUGUCAUUUCAUGACCUCGACUACAUUCCAGAAUGUGAUGCCGACGAUGGAACUAUUCCUUUGAACACCAUUCUAAAUGCAGCACUAACUGGUUACAGAGAACAGUGUAUGGUACGCGACUCAAUCACUACAGCAUUGUGGGCGGAUCAAGGGAAUAUACGUCGUUAA